CAUGCCCACUCAUUCAAUUCACACAACAGAUUAAUAGUCAGACCUUGACGAGCAAGUCUCCGGGUCCGGGCGGCAGUUUCCGUUAUAUAAAGGCCCACGUGGCGCUCAUCCUCACGGUCGCCGCCCCUCUAUUUUAGCCUUCAAAUUUUUAUUCUUCACUUCUUCUUACAAUCUCUCUUUCUCUCUCCUCUCUCUCUCUCUGCCCAAAAAGGACCCUCUCAGUCUUCCCAAGUCUUCACUUCAGACACGAACUCUCAGGGCGCGGUUCUCCGAUUUCCGGGACGCAAAUGUCCGCUUGAAACCACAAGGUUUCUUGGCGGGUUCUGAGUCUUGCGGCAGCAGACCAUUCGUGGCGAGCAUCAGAAUUGAAGAAAGUGCUCGCUCGCACGGAGCAUCGGAGAAAAGAACUGGUAACUGGUUUUAGAAUCUUAUUCUGUAGGGGAACCUAGGGUUUUUCGUUUUAAUUCAAAGCAAAGCUCCGUUCUUGUUUCAGACUUUUCGUUUUCGACCUAGGGUUUUUGAAUUUUUGUGUUGAGAAUUGAGCCCCAGAGAAAGCGACUGGGUUAGGAUUGUGAUAAGUGUUGAAGAGUCACCGAUUGUGAUGAUUUUAGGAAUUGAAGAGUUGAAUUCUCAAUGGAUAUAGACGCGGUUGUAGGGGAUGUUGGUUCUUUCGAUCCUGAGCUUUUACAGCUCCCGGAAUUGUCUCCGUUUGCGCUUAAAGCUAGUCCCCAAAUUGCCGAGGAUUUGUACGCACAGUGGCUUUCGCUUCCUCAAACCGGUCGAUUGGUGAAAUCUCUAAUUGACGAUGCAACCGCAGGCAUUCCCAUCAAUGCCCUUGGGAACUCUUCAAGUGCAAAUGCUGCCGGGAGCAAUUCAUUACCUUCCAUGUUUCAGGCUGGAAGUACACCCCCACUUUCACCGAGAAGUUCCUCUGGUUCUCCUCGCUUUUCAAAGCUGAAAACUAGUCCUUCUUCUCUGCGAUCUCCGCUAAAAGUGGUUAGUGAACCAGUUCGAGAAGCCAUUCCUCAGUUCUAUUUUCAAAAUGGCCGUCCACCACCAAAGGAACUUCAGGAGCAUUGUCUUUCUAGAAUUAAUGACCUUUUUGGUGGUCAUAUGGAUGGAUUGCAACUUCACGAGUUUAAGUUGGUUACGAAGGAGUUAUGCAAGCUACCAACAUUUUUCUCCUCUGCUAUCUUUAAAAAGAUAGAUACUAGCUGCAGCGGGAUAGUGACCAGGGAUGCAUUCGUCAGAUAUUGGGUCGAUGGCAAUAUGCUGACAAUGGAUACAGCAACUCAAAUAUUUAAAAUUCUAAAGCAGUCUGAUAGCAAUUACCUUACUCAGGUAGACUUCAAACCCAUUCUUCUAGAGCUUGUGGCAACCCAUCCAGGGUUAGAAUUUUUACAUGGAACUCCUGAAUUUCAAGAAAGAUAUGCUGAAACUGUAAUAUACAGAAUAUUUUACUACAUAAAUAGAUCAGGAAACGGUCGCCUUACCCUCAGGGAGCUGAAACGAGGAAAUCUAAUUGCUGCCAUGCAACAUGCAGAUGAGGAAGAGGACAUUAACAAAGUUCUGAGGUACUUCUCUUAUGAACAUUUUUAUGUUAUAUACUGCAAAUUUUGGGAGCUGGACACGGACCAUGAUUUCUUGAUUGACAAAGAGAACCUCAUUAGAUAUGGUAACCAUGCCCUUACCUACAGGAUUGUUGAUAGAGUAUUUUCGCAGAUUCCGAGAAAGUUUACUAGCAAGGUUGAAGGGAAGAUGGGUUAUGAAGAUUUUGUUUACUUCAUGCUGUCAGAGGAGGAUAAGUCGUGUGAGCCUAGCCUUGAGUAUUGGUUCAAAUGUAUAGAUUUGGAUGGAAAUGGAGUCCUUACACCCAAUGAGUUGCAGUUCUUUUAUGAGGAGCAGCUGCAUCGUAUGGAAUGCAUGGCCCAAGAACCUGUUCUAUUUGAGGAUAUUUUGUGCCAAAUAGUUGACAUGAUUGCACCAGAGAGGGAAGAUUAUCUCACACUAGCUGACUUGAAAGGGUGCAAACUUUCAGGAAAUGUCUUCAAUAUCCUUUUCAACCUUAAUAAGUUUAUAGCUUUUGAAAGUCGUGAUCCAUUUCUUAUUCGCCAGGAACGCGAGGAUCCAACUUUGACAGAGUGGGACCGCUUUGCACACAGAGAAUAUAUAAGGCUGUCAAUGGAAGAAGAUGGUGAGAAUGCCUCUAAUGGAAGUGUAGAAGUAUGGGAUGAAUCACUCGAGGCUCCUUUUUAAGUUCAAGAAGUUGCCCAUGAGAUAGCUUCAGAUGCCUCGUCAAAGUUGCUCAUUUCAAUGAAGAAUAAUUUGUUAUGUCAAAAUGCUCCAUGGCACACAUCAGCGGCAGUAGUCCUGUUCAACAUUAAAUCUCAAGCUUGGUCAUGUAACCUUCAUCAACCGUAUUCAACCAACCUUGGCACUCAUUUUGUUUGAUAGGCAAUGAGCUUGCCCUUUCAUGAAAUUCAAGGAGGUACAAACUGGAAUUCCACAGUGAAUAGCUCGUUUGCAACGGGAGAGAGUGCAAUUAAUCAUUGACGAGGUAACAGUAGUCCAUGCUGUUAUCGAAGGAGUGAGAUUGUUUCCAAAAGCAGCUCACCAUCUGGUUGCUUUUCUUCUGGUGCCUCUUUGUAGGUCAAGGCAAGGUGGCUGGCAAGUAUGUCCUUGUAAACUUCAAGUGCCUUGUAAUUUUGCUCAGAUGUUCUAUUUUGGUCCAACAGCCCCCCAAACCAUUUUAUUCUCGUUGCUUUCUCUAGCUUUAUACCUUGUCCAUAGCUUAUUUUAUUGGAUUUUUUUAAUUGAAAGAAUGAAGAAAAGGAAAAUGUGCAGGAGUUUGAGGCUU